GUAGACGCAGGAUGGUGCUCUGAGUGUGCAGACAAGAAACGAUAAUAACCCCCACUGGACCAUCUCCAAGGAGACAAACUCCAGAGAGUUGACUGCAGUGUUUGCUGUACAGUCUCCUAGGUGUGUGUCUGAUCUGUACACCACGGGCAAUGGGAAGAUGCUGCAGAUGCAACGGGAGACUGCUGUGCAUGUGCCUGCUGCCUUGUAUGAUGACCGGCCACCUUCUGGUUUACAUCCUCGUGUCCAUAUUUGUCACCAUCUCUUACGCGCCUCCAAAAAUAACCGUCCACUACGUUGCCCCGGGGGUUUCGGUUAAUUCUUCCGCCAUGGCCUCGCACCCACUUGGCCCUUUCUGGAACCUUCGCUUGGAGGACAGUGCACUGUGGAACCGGCUGCAGCACGCUUGGGAUCGCCAGCACAACCCAAUACUGAGAGGAAACACAACUGGGAAAAUGAGUAAGACAAAGGAGAGGCGUUUGUCACAAAUUGAGGAGGGAUGCCUUUCUGACUGCAUGUCACACAAGUGUUCAGUCCCCCGUAUGGAUGAUUUAAACAGCUUGCCUGAACAAAUUAGGGCAUUUAUCAAGUCCAUGCACUGCAGGGAGUACCCCCUCCUUAUCAAUCAGCCCGGUAUGUGUAGGAGUAACAACAGUAAUUUGAGGAGCAUGGACUCGCCCAUGCUCCUCAUGGCCAUCAAAUCUCAAGUGGGGAAUUUUGAAAACAGGCAGGCAAUCCGGGAAACGUGGGGACGCAGCGGUGUGGUGAAGGGGGAGUCCAAAAUAAAAAGCGGACUGGUGCGCACGGUGUUUCUGCUCGGAAGGCAGGACUCAAGUACGGGCCCUCACCCGGACCUCAAAAACCUCCUGGAGCUUGAGAACCAGAAGUAUGGGGAUAUCCUGCAGUGGGAUUUCAGAGACAGCUUCUUUAAUUUGACCCUAAAGGACUUGCUGUUCUGGAACUGGCUCGAGCAACACUGCCCCACCGCCCUGUUUGUCUUCAAAGGGGAUGACGACGUCUUGGUCCGGACGGACGUCCUCGUGGAUUACCUGCACAAACAGCUGGAGGAGCACAAUCUGUGGAGAGCCUAUACGAACGAAACCGACAUCAAUUUGUUUGUCGGGGAUGUGAUCAAUAACGCAAUGCCAAACCGGGAUCCGUCCACUAAAUACUACAUACCAGAGAGUUUCUACAAGGGCGUGUACCCACCAUACGCCGGUGGUGGAGGGGUGGUGUAUUCUGUCUCUCUUGCGUUGCGUUUGAAAAAGGUGUCCGAGAGGGUCCGCCUCUUCCCGAUCGACGACGUGUACCUUGGCAUGUGCCUGCACAGACUCGGCCUCUCUCCGGCCCAUCACCCGGGCUUUUUAACGUUCGAUCUCCCGCACACGGAGAGGGGCAACCCCUGCGCCUACGGGCCCGUGCUGCUCGUUCACAGACGCACACCCAAGGAGAUGCUGACGCUGUGGAAACAGCUCCAAAAUGUGCCUGGACAAUGCUGAGCUUAAUUUGCCAACCAAAUAGGACACAGAGCAACCGCACAAAUGCUAUGGCCACGCUCAUUUGAAAAAAAUGUACACAACGCGACAGGAUGCGCUCAGUACCCUGUUAAGGUCCCACGUAAUGAUACUUUUGUCCAAUGAGUGUAAGUCUGAGGAGGAGGAGACUGAUCUACCUCUUAGGGUACUUUUAUCAUGAGGGCAUGUACUUGGUCCUCUUUUGCUCAGUACAGGUCAUGUAUUAGCUCAAAAGUUUUAUUUUACUACCUAAAGAAAAUAUAACUUAACUUGCUGUAUCUUUGUAACACAGUGAAAGAUAAUGACAUAAAAAUAAUAUUUAUCACCCUUAAAAAGCUACAAAGUGAAUGAUGAUAAAAAAACAGAUUAUUUAAUAAAAAAAAAUCUAACACUCAUCUCAUCUUCCAUACCGCUUAAUCCUCACUAGGGUCGUGGGGGGUUGCUGGAGCCUAUCCCAGGUGGCAAAAUCCAACACUAAUGAGAUUAAAUAAUUUAAGUAGUUACAGCAGACACUAUUCCUUAACAAUGAAAGCGAGGAACUCACCAUAAAGCUGUGGAAAUUACUGUUUCUUGAUGGUGGUACAGAGGGAAUGCAGAAACACAACUAUAGCUGCUCACCUUGCAGAGAACCACGGACUACAUUGAUAUGUGUAGAUUUGAUGUGGAGGUAUAAAGCGAGCGAAAUUGGGAUUAGUAGAGCCCUGCCAGAGGAUCUCAAAUGGUGGUCUGGGUUCUUAGAAAAUUAGCAAAGCACAGAUGUAGACAUUAUAACAACAAUUUAAGACUCUCAACAUUGUUUUUGGUUUUCUGGGAGUCAUUCAUAGUAGCUGCUUUGUGUAUUCUCUGAACGAACGAAUGAAUGAAGCAAAUAUUCUGCUUACACAGCCAGCCCGUCAGUGUGGCCAUCAUGCAAUGUGUAUCCACGCUGCGGAGAGAAUGGAGUCUCAAAAGUGUCCUUAAUGUAUCUGGAGUGUUUUCACGCCUGUUCUUUAACCUGGCCACUUAUGAUUGGAUCACUCAAUGCUCACGUUGAUACUCGGUCUGAACAGGGCCUGAGACUCAAAGGUAACCAGUUGAGAACGGCAUAAAUUGGUGUAAUGCGAUCGCUUCUUCAGGUACACGCUGGAAGCCUGUCAGCAGGAUUUUUUUAUGAACUGCGGCCUUUGGAUGCGUCACCCGCUGACACCAAAAUAUGCAUUGCGAUGGAGACUUCGAGGAUAAACUCCUCGAAGUCUACAGAAGAACAGAAUAAUCAGUCAAAUGUAACACAUCUUUACAAACAUUAUUUAAUGAGGUGCUCCGUCUGGCUGAGAGAUCUUUAACGUUGGUAAUGCUGGGAGGGGAUAGGGACUUACUUUAAUAACAUCUGUUUUGGACUUAUUUUACAUCAGGAUAUUUCCGUAAAUCCAGUUUUUAGUUAAAGUCAUAAACUUAUACAGAGUUACCUUUAGUCAUAAAGGUGGUGCAUACUUGAAACAUCAAUGGUCUCAUGGCAUACAGUGAGCUUAAUGAAUGAAUUCAUUUGUACUUUCUCUUGUUUUUACAGUUUUCCAUCAAUUCAGAACUUGAAGCAAAGAAAAAAUGUCCCAAAUGAUUCACAUCUAUUAUGGCGUUUGAACUGUAGCCGAUGCCAAUAAAUUGUGGCUUCAGUGACAAUUAAUAGCAAUGCUCUUAAAGCUGCCACUAGUUAACGCAGAGGCCUUAGAUGUCGUAAUUUGAGCUUCACUGACCGUUACUAAAGAUAAAGAUCCAAAAUGACUGAAUUUGUACUCUGUGGUGUUGAUUAUUUAUAGACUGUUUUUGUAUUCAAAUCGGAAAUGUGGUGAUGUUACUGAACACAACCAACAGGAAAGCUUUGUGUCGCUGUCCUCAAACAUUGUGCAAACAUGUCCAACGUUGUUGGCUGAAUAAAUGUUUUUCAAAACCCUUCAUGACUAUCACAAUUUAUUUAUUUUGUUCGUAUGGUUCUGUAAUGAUACAUAGAAAUUUGAGUAAUACUCAAAGAGGGUACUUACAGUCUGAAAGGUUUCUGAAAUGUUGUCUCAUCAUUUUACAGCACAAUCAUUAAAACCACAGUAAUGUGCA